AUGAGCCAGCAACACCCCUGGGGCGCCCCGAGACACAACCAGAGCACCCGUCUGACGCCCAUCUCCACCAGCGCCGCCCACGACCAGCGCAACACGCCCUCCCCCAGCGGCUUCCGUCAGCCCUAUUCGCCUGCCGCGUCCAGCUUCCCCUCGCUGCCCUCGGCAUCAUCGCGCCUUGUAGGUAGCCGCAAGUCUUCGGCAGCGUCCUCGACUUCGUCCGCACCUUUUGCAGCCGUGGGACAGCAGCUCCCGACCAGCCAGCUGCUGUCCUCUCGGUCCAGGACCAACGCGAGCCAGCCCGCGAUAUCUUCUGCACCUGGUGCAGCUUCGUCGAACGGCAGUGCAGGAGGCUCCAAGCUCGUACACGCCUCGCCCUCAUCGAGCACAGUGGGCUCGCCCAGCACGGCGACCAACCCCGCCUCUGGUGCUUCGUCACAGAACCUCUCGCGCAUAGUCAUCGCGCAGGUCUUCUUGCUGCUUAGCCAGUUCGGACCUGUCAAGGACGAGAAAGAUCGCGCCAAGUGGGAUACACAGACAGAACAGAUCAGGAAGCUGAUUGACUCGAACGGGAUGGAGGUGUUUUCAAAGUACUUUCGGCGCGUGUUGCAGAACAAUGCAGCGCAAGUCUUCGGCGCGGGUGGCCGAAACACUGAGCCCAAUGGCAGCUACCAGAUUCUCGCAACAGAGGUGCAGAAGCUGCGAACAGACCCAGAGCAAGCAGACAAGAUCGCGGAGUCGAUAAGCUCCAGCGAAGGGGACUUGUUUCGCGACUUCGACCUAUCCACCUUUGUCUCGCACUUCCAGCUGGAUCCAUUAUCUAUGGCCAUACUCGCGCUAGCAUGCAGGAAGACUGAUCUCAGGUCAAAAGCCGACACCCUUCUUUCUAGUCUUGGCAACGACCUCUUGAUAGCCAUUGCGCAGCCGAAUCAGAAUGACGAUACGAACCCAGAUUACAUUGCGACGCUUGUCGAGCGCCUCCUGCAGGACCCGCCUCAGGGAUGGGACGAGGAUAAGAAGAUGAACCUCACCUACGCAGUGCAGGUUCGGUAUCAGAGCUUGCACAUGCAAGUCCCUCGCCCAGUCGAUGCAAAGCUUAUCCUUGCUGAACUUACAGAUGGGUCGCGAAACCCUCUAGUGAAGCUGGUACAACGCGCUGGACCGCAGGGCACAGCUACGUUGGAGGCCAGCAAAGAGCUGCUCGCAUCUGCCGAAACAAGAGACAUUGGCUAUCAGCAAGUGGCAUCGGUGGUGCUGUACUUGGCAAUUUCCACAGGAUACAAUAUCAAGAACUUUGUCGCGGCACUCCGAGGGCAUCGCGCUGGGCAGCGGUUGGACUGGCAGGAUGUCGUACACGCCUUCGAUCAACCCCAGCUGCGCAUCGACAAGCCCGCGUUCAUCGCCAUCUAUGAUGCGUUGCUCCCGAUUGCACAGGAGAACGAGAGCUUCGAUAUUCAGCUGCUCUGGGGUGGAAGAUGGCAGUGCGACAUUACUCAACUCUAUUUCCUGCUGUGCUAUCUGCAGUGCACACCCGAAGAGCUCGAUGUGUCUCAGAUACCGCGACUGCGGGCUUCCUACUCCUUGCAGACGUUCGAGAGUGCUUCCGAGGACGUCAAAGCAUUUGCAGAGCAGGCUGUCAGACAUCCCUUCGUGUCGCUCGAUGCUACUGCCGCGCUUUUUACGAUGAUCUUCCAGACAUCGGAGACCUAUCACUUCGCACAGACGAUGGGAAUACCGGAUCUUGUCAUCAAUCCUCACACGGCUGAGUUCCUCGUCGCAGCAGCAGCAGUACCGAAGCCUUGGGGUGCCCUCCAAGAACAAGCUCUGAAGCAACUAUUCGACCCCUACUUCCACAAGAAGUUGCCGAUCUACAACUUCGUCCUCUACGGCCUCUGGCAGCAGGACCUACAAUGGCUCGUUGACCGUUUCGUCGAUGCGUACAAUGCUGACCCAAUGUCUCUCACCCUCAUUCUGGAGCACGCCGAAGCCAACAGCUGGUCUGAAACCCUGAUUCGCAGUAACACUGACAUCAGCUUGGACAUGGCGGCACAGGCGCACGCGCGUGGGAAAUUUGAGAUCGAGCCUUGGCUGCAGCAGACCAUUGAGCAAGCAGGCCUUCUUUUCCGACGAAUUCUCACCAACUUCCUUACUCAGAGAGCCUCGGACGAAAUGCAGCGCGUGCGAGAGGAUGGGAACUCUCUAAGCUUACCUCUCGCCGUCAAGACCGUCUACCCGCUGCUCUGGUUCCUCGCCGAAUGUGGGUUACCCGAACAUGAGCUCCUGCCUCUCCAACGCAACUGUAUUCAAGCAUAUCCGCGUCUCAUCAACUAUGGCGAAGGCGUAGAUGACAUCAUCGACGCCAAUGGCCAGAACGGCAACGCUCUUCCAGCGGAUGCGGAUACAAAGAUGCAAGAGCACUUCAAAAACAUGUACAGUGGCGACAGCCACGUCAGCGACAUCAUCUCCGUGCUCAAGAAGUACAAAGAGUCCCGUGAUCCGGCAGAGCAGGAACUGUUUGCUUGCAUGAUCCAUGGCCUCUUCGACGAGUACAACUGCUUCGGCGAAUACCCAUUGGAGGCGUUGGCAACUACUGCAGUUCUGUUUGGCGGGAUUAUUAAUUUCAAUCUCCUCUCUAGGAUUGCGCUCCAAGUUGGCUUGGCCAUGGUCCUCGAAGCCGUGCAAGAGUAUCGACCCGAAGAUAGCAUGUAUAAGUUCGGUCUCCAGGCUCUGCUCCACUUCUCUAACCGGCUUUCCGAAUGGCCUAACUAUUGCGACCAACUUCUUAUCGUACCCGGUCUUCAAGGAACUGAAAUCUUUGCUAAAGCCGAGGAGGUCGUUGGACAGCAAGGUGGGGAAGUCAACGGAGAUGGGCACAACAGUAUUGGACUUCCCAAUGGGAACGGUCUGGAAGAUGCCCUCCAGCAAGAGUCUGCUGUAGCCAAGUUCUCUUGCCUAUACGUCGAUCCCCCACUCCAUCCCGAUUUGUACGAAGACCCGGAUGAGGAUGUGCAGGACAAGGUGCUUUUCGUUCUGAACAACGUAUCAGAGCGCAAUCUACACGACAAGAUCAACGAUCUUACAGAAUCUAUCGAAGACAGGCAUCAUCAAUGGUUCGCCAACUACCUCGUCGAGGAGCGUGCGAAGAUGCAGCCCAACUUCCAACAGCUGUACUUGGAUAUGUUGGAGCUAUUGAACAACCGUACCCUUUGGGCCGAGGUCCUUCGCGAGAGCUACGUAAGUGUCGUACGGAUGCUCAACAACGAUGGGACGCUCGGUUCGACGGAGCGAACUCACCUUAAAAACCUGGGAUCAUGGCUUGGUUCUUUGACAAUCGCCCGCGACCAGCCAGUCAAAUUCCGUAACAUUUCCUUCAAGGAUCUUUUGACCGAAGGAUAUGAUACCGACCGACUUCUACUCGUCAUUCCGUUCACCUGUAAGGUAUUGGUCCAGGCUGCCAAAUCGACGGUGUUUCAACCCCCAAAUCCAUGGCUGAUGGAAAUCCUCGGUGUGCUGAUGGAGCUCUAUCACUUCGCGGAUCUGAAGCUGAAUCAGAAGUUCGAAAUCGAGGUUCUUUGUAAGGGCCUGGACCUCGAUCACAAGGAGAUUGAACCUACCAACAGCAUCCGAGCUCGACCUCAAGCUGAUGAGGAGUUCCUCAACCCAAUGGUGACUGAUGGACUUGACGCAUUUGGCGAUCUGUCUAUCAUGAGCCUAAAUCGUGCUCGUGGCCCGAGCGAACGCUUCUCAUCGGCAGCAAUUACCGCAGCGUUGCCUGACUUUACGAACCAGUUGCAAUACCCACCGUCCGGCAACAGUGCUGUGCCGCCAGCACAGAUCAAGAAGAUCUUCCUUACCGCUGUCAACCAAGCUAUCCAGGAGAUAAUAGCUCCUGUUGUCGAGCGCUCAGUUACGAUCGCUGCCAUUUCUACGUCCCAGCUCAUCAGCAAGGAUUUUGCUAUGGAGCCGGAUGAGGAGAAGCUUAGGACUGCGUCACACACGGUCGUCAAAGCACUGUCUGGUGCCUUGGCUUUGGUGACAUGUAAGGAGCCGCUUCGCAUGAGCAUCCAGAACAACAUUCGCAUUAUGGCGCGCGAUCUCCCAGAACAGACGCUCCCUGAGGGACAUGUAGUCAUGUUUGUCAACGACAACCUCGACUUGGUGUGCAACACCGUAGAACAGGCAGCUGAAAUGUCUUCAUUGGCUGAGAUUGACAUGCAAGUCGAGGAUGCCGUACGCAUGCGAAGGAUGUUCCGCAACACUCGACCUAACGAGCCUUUCAAGGAUGCAAACAUCAGCCCAUGGGCAUUCUAUAUUCCUGAGCCCUACAAGCAGACGGCUGGUGGCUUGAACAGGGAGCAGCUGGCAAUCUACGAGGACUUCGGGCGACAAGCCCGAGGCCUUCCACACACAAACAGCAUCUCGCAGGAUAGCGGACGCCAGGUCCCUGAUGUCCUCCAGGAUCAGUUCGCUGCAGUGCCAAAUCUGCCAACACCCGGUGCUGCCCCUGCUGAACCACGACAACCUGCACAGCAACCUCGACUUCAGAACCUUCAAUCUGCUCACGUGCCUCCGGCACAACAGCAGUUGAAUGGCUACAUGGAUGCUACUGGACCUGCAGGAGGCCAGAGAGGCGUCGAGGAGCUUCUCGUAGAGCUUACACAAGUCAUCAAAGAUGCACCCGAGAAACGCAUCAGUGAGCUACAGCCAGGUAGCAGCCCGAUCCACCGCGUCUUCGACCAGCUUAUUUCAAGCAUCGAGUUUGCCGGUCCCAACAAGGAUUCUUGGGCUUUCCGUAUCGCAGGACAAGUGACUAACCAUCUCUUCUCUGACUCGCUACAACGCCUAGAGGUGGAGGUCAUGGCGCACUUGCUCAGCCACCUCUGCCAACUGUCUGUACAGACCUCCCGUCAAGUACUGAUCUGGCUUGCCACGCUGCACGAUGAUGAUCGCAUCUUCAAGGCCACCGUUAUGGUCGCCCUGAUGGAGGUUGGCCUUAUGGAUAUGCACCGUCUCAACACCACUAUCGCCAAGGCUCUUCAAGAGAGGCGCGUUGCCGCAGUCGAGAUGCUGUCGACAUUGCUGGAGGAGUUGCUUCUCAGCGAGCAGCCCAGCGCUUUCCGGGCUGAUUUCGCUUUGUCCAUCGACGCUCUCACCAGCUGGUUGGCAGAAGACCCCUCCCUGGAGAUAGGCAAGCAGGUCAUCGCUAAUCUGCAAGCUUCUACCGCUGAGGCUUCUUUGAUGCCGCCUGCCACUGGACACAAGGAUCAGCUGGAGUACAUUUUCGACGAGUGGGUCCACUUGCAGCUUCCAGAGACUCCAAAGAAAUCGAUCGGAGCUUUCAUCUACCAGCUUCACAAGCAGGACAUUAUGCAAAGCCAAGAAACCUCAAUCGAGUUCAUUCGUACCUGCAUCGACGCCUCUGUUACUGCCUACGAGCUGGAGCAGGCUCUACCUUACGGCGCCGGUACUCUUGACACGGCCACUGUAAAGAUCGACGCACUUGGCAAGCUGAUCGUGGACCUCGUCGCCUACCAAGACGAACUCGAGGGCGAUGCCAAGGACUCCAAAUCCAAGUACCUUGACCAGAUGCUAGUAGUCACCGUCCUAGUACUGUGCAACCACCACAACACCCGAGGCGAUGCCUUUAAUCAAAAGGUCUUCUUUCGUCUCUUCUCUACCAUCCUGUUCCGCCUGAACGAGGCCACCAAGGAGGAGACUUUGGUGGAUCACAAGGCCGAUCUGUUCCUCUGUGUUGCCAGGGCCCUCCUCAUCUUGCAGCCGAGCCAUUUCCAGAAGUUCACGUUCUCAUGGCUGACCCUCGUCGCCCACCGCAUCUUCAUCCCGGCAAUGCUCGAAGGCGGCCAAUCGGACGAGCGCUGGGACGUCUAUGCUCGCCUUAUGGAGACGCUGUUAGUCUUCACCGGACAGCUCAUUAAGCCUACCGAAGAGACCAUUACGGCCCAGAACUUUUACCGCGGAGUCUUGCGUGUCCUGCUCGUGAUCCACCACGACUAUCCUGAGUUCCUUGUCGAACACCAUUUCCGUCUGUGCAACAGUAUCCCCAUGCACUGCACUCAACUAAGAAACCUGAUCGUCAGCGCAUACCCGUCCACAAUUCUGGAGAUGCCAGAUCCUUUCACAGCCGGAUUAAAGGUCGACCGUCUCGAGAACAACCUGCAAGCCCCCGUCAUCCGAACUGACAUCGUUGAGAUCCUCUCCAAGGCAGGUAUCAAGUCUAAUGUCGACAACCUCCUGAAGGCCAUGGAGCCUAAGGCCCAGGACAUUCGCAAGGUCUGCGAUGCCAUCUCCUUUCCUCAGGCUAAAGAGAGUGGGUUCGAGUUAGUGCCCACUACUGCUGAUCCAGCUCUGAUACACGCGCUCGUUCUCUACAUUGGUGUCGCGACAUUGGGCACUGAAGCAGCCAAGGCCCCGCUCUUUGACGAAGACAGCGCCGCCGCUAGAUUAAUGGUGAAGUUGGUCAAGGAGUUCCACCCCGAAGCGAAGUUCCACUUCAUCAGCGCAAUCGCCAAUCAGCUUCGUUACCCGAACACCCACACGCACUUCUUCAGCUAUGCACUUUUGCACCUCUUCGGCCCUCCAAAUGAUGACGAGGAAGUGCUUGAAAUCCAGCAAACCAUCACAAGGGUACUCCUGGAGCGCCUGUUGGUGCAUCGUCCUCAUCCAUGGGGACUUAUCAUCACUCUGCUCGAGAUCCUUAAGAAUCGCACAUACGCAUUCUGGGAUCUGCCAUUCGUCAAGGCAGCACCUGAGGUCGAGCGUCUCCUCAACGCUCUGUUCACUCAUGCUCAGCAGAGCCCUAGGCCGCUAGCUUAG